CAAUGUUAGGAGACACUUGGAAAUGGCGGCUAAUGUCAAACAACAACUUGCACAACUUGCAAAUUUAUCACAUUCGAAAGAUGUCAUAGAACGGUACAAGACCAUUCUUGAUGGCAUUUUCAAAGCAAAGGGCUCCCCAGAUUUCAUUGUUCAGCUGCAGACAUUUGUGGAAGCAUUGCUGAAUGAGGUUGUGAGCCUGGUGAUCUCACGCCAGCUCCUGAGUGUGUUCUGUUCCCAACUGCCCCAACUGGAAGAUGUCACUGCCAAGCAGAUUGCUCUCUUCACCCUGGAGAAGGUCCAGGCACGCGUCAUCUCCUUUGAGGAACAGGUGUCUGAUAUUCGUCAACACUUGGCUGAUAUCUAUGAGCGGGAAGGAGCAUGGAAGGAGGCAGCCAAUAUACUUGUAGGCAUUCCCAUGGAAACCGGGCAGAGGCAAUACAAGCCGGAGUACAAGCUAGAGACAUACCUGAAGAUUGCUCGUCUGUACCUGGAGGACGCAGACCCGGUACAAGCAGAGGCGUACAUCAACCGCGCGUCCCUCCUUCAGACUGACUCACAGAACCAGGAACUACAGAUACACUACAAGGCAUGCUAUGCGAGGGUACUGGAUUUCCGGCGGAAGUUUAUCGAGGCAGCUGUGCGUUACAAUGAGCUGUCCUAUAAAUCCCUGGUAGCUGAAGACGAGAGAAUCACAGCCCUGAAAAACGCCCUUAUCUGUACAGUCCUGGCAUCAGCAGGCCAGCAGCGGUCCAGAAUGUUAGCGACAUUAUUCAAAGAUGAAAGAUGUCAAAAGCUACCAGCCUAUAACAUACUGGAAAAAAUGUACCUGGACCGGAUCAUCCGCAGCAGUGAGCUAGAGGAGUUUGCCGCCCUCUUACAGCCGCACCAGAAGGCCGUCACAGCUGACGGUUCCACGAUCCUGGACCGAGCAGUCAUAGAGCACAACCUGCUGUCAGCCAGCAAACUCUACAACAACAUCUCCUUCCCAGAGCUAGGAUCUCUCCUUGACAUCCCUCCAGCAAAGGCCGAAAAGAUAGCGUCCCAGAUGAUCACUGAGAGCAGAAUGAACGGCUACAUUGACCAGAUUGACUCAAUUGUGCACUUUGAAUGUCGUGAGACGCUGCCGACGUGGGACCGGCAGAUCCAAGGUGUGUGUUUCCAAGUGAACAACAUCAUUGAGAAGAUCACAGCCACUGAACCUGACUGGAUGUUGAAAACCAUGGAGGCCCAGCUCACCCAGGCAUGAACACUGACACAGUCUGGUCUGUUGUCUGAUCUGAACACUGGGACAUAGCAAGCCGUCAGGACCUGGUGAUAAUAUGACAAACUUAGUGCUGUAUUAUGGUCCAAAUUCACACAGAUUUGAAAGAGAAUAUAUCAUAUACUAUGUGAUUUAAGCAGCUGUGUAGACUGCAGAUAGCAUGGCUGAUUAUGGUAGAAUCAAGUGUAUGCUCAUAUAAAGCUGUUAAAAUAGAGAAUAAUCUUCUAGAUAUGGUGUUGCAGAUUUUCAAAAAUCUUAAUGUAUUUAAAGAGUUUUUUGAAUACAGCUGUAAUGUUUUGGUCAGGCAUAAAAGUACUGUGUUAUGAAUGAUUUAAUGAAAAUGUAUGGCACAAUGUGGAGCAAAGCCUUUUCUUCUCUUUAUAUUAGAUUUACGCUUUGUUUGUAAAACAAAUGAUAAUCACUUUCAAGAACAACAUGGCAUUCUUUGUUUUGAUACAUCUUUUUUAUUGCAAAGUGAGUGUACUUUUGAUUGUCACUUUCAUUCAUAUCCAUGAACAUUUAAAGUGUUUGUUGUCUUUUUAUGAAAUCUGUGUUCAUUAUUGAUAAUGUCAGAAAUGUUAAAUAAAGCAGUAAUCUUCGUUCAAAAACUUAAUCUUGUGUUAAAAUUCUGUUUGAUGAAUAUUCUUAGAAAUGUACAUUUUUUUGGCUCACUUCUAAGCAUACAUUAAAGUACUCAUAGAUA